AUGGUCUUCAAGGUUUACGAGAACAGUGUUCAGUGCACCAUCCUACGCGAGGAAGGCGAGGGCCGCGAUGAAGAAGCCGCCAAUGGUGGCAAUCUCGGAGCGGCUGGCAAUGUUGCGGAGCGCAGCCGACGAGCCCGUAGACGAGGGCCGUUCGCAGUCGCGUUGGCCGCGGCGGCGCUGGCAGCUGCCGCCGAAGCAGCUGCUGCCGCGCUCGAUCCGCUCGCGGCCGACCCCGUUCCGGAUCCAGAGCUGGAGCUGGAGGAUCCCGAGCUGGCACUGCAGGUCGAGGACUGCAGGGCAAGCACGGCAGCGGCGUCCGUGGGGCACGAGGAGGCGAUACCUGGGGCCGUCAUGGAACAGAUGCAGUCGACGUCGCAGGCGCUCGAGCAGCUUGCGGCCGAGAGCGCGCUGGCGAGACAGGUCUGCGCGCACGAGGAGAGGCUGCUCGUGUCUGGGCAAGUGGUCGAGGUUGAGCCUGAUGACGACGACGAGGUUCCAGAUGACGAAGAGGAUCCCGACGAAGACGAUGAGCUCGAGGAGCUAGCGCUGCAUGUGGAGGAUUGGAGGGCAAGGACCGCAGCGGCGUCGGUGGGGCAGCCGGUGGCGAUGCAAAGCGUUGCCUUCGAACAAAUGCAGUCAACAUCACAUGCGCUCGAGCAGCUAGCGGCUGUGAGGGCACUGUUCAGGCAGGUCUGCGCGCAAGAUGAGAGGCUGCUGGUGUCUGGGCAAGUUGUCGAACUCGAUCCUGACGACGAGGACGAGCUGCCGGAUGACGAGGAGCCACUCGAAGACGACGAGGAUCCUGAGGAUGACGACCCGGAGCUGGAAGCACUGCAGGUAGACGACUGGAGAGCGAGAACGGCGGCAGCGUCGGUGGGGCACCCAGUGGCGAUGCAAAGAGUGGCCUUCGAGCAAAUGCAGUCCACGUCACAUGCGCUCGAGCAGCUCGCAGCCGUGAGGGCACUGUUCAGACAGGUCUGCGCGCAAGACGAGAGGCUGCUGGUGUCUGGGCAGGUGGUCGACGACGAGCCUCCUGAUGACGAGCUACCUGUCCCACUCGAGCUUGACCCGCUUCCCGAAGAUCCAGAGGACGUGGAACCUGACGAGGUGGACCCCGAUGAGGACGAUCCGGACGACGAUGAGCUACAGAUGCAGUCCACGUCACAGGCGCUCGAGCAGCUUGCGGCUGUGAGCGCGCUGUUAAGGCAUGACUGGGCACACGAUGAGAGGCUGCUGGUGUCGGGGCAUGUGGUGGAAGAUCCGGUACCCGAGGAUCCGCUGCUUCCACCAGACGAUCCGCUGCUUCCACCGGAGGAUGUCGUGGUCGACCCCGCUGACGUUGUUGUCUUGGAGGUCGUGACGCCACCACCAGCCGCCGUGGUCGUCCCAGAGGCGGGGCAGGUAGAACCCUGCAUGGCGAGAACGUCGGUGAUGUCGGAAGCCGUGCACGUCGUGGCCAAGCAGAGGGCAGCCGAGUUUGUGAAUGAAGUACCACAGAUGCAGGAAACGUCGCAUGCCGACGAACAGCCGGCACUCGAGAGAGCUCCCAGCAAACAGGUUUGGGCACAGGAUGAAAGCUUGGUGACAUCAGGGCAGUUUGCGGCAGCUGAAGUGGUUGCCGGGGCCGCGGUCGUUGUAGCCUUCGUGGUGGUAACUUGGGCGGGGGCAGACGUGGUUGGCGCGGUUGUAACCUGGGCAGGAGCCGAAGAAGUUGUGGACGUCGAGGCCUUGGUUGACGAUGGUUGA